AUCUUUAAUAAUGGAGGGGCGCGAGGGUCUUCUCUCUCAAUUUGUGGAAAAGACAAAUGCUGAUCCAUCCUUUGCUCAGGACCUGCUAGAGGCCACUGGCUGGGAUUUAGAGGCUGCAGUGAGUGCCUUUAAUGGACUUAGCGUUACUUCUGAGCCGCAGAACUAUCAAUUUGAGGAACCUGAUUUCACCUUGAGCGAAUACGAUGAGAUUCAAAUGGAAGAGGUCACUUCUGGCGGUGGCAAUGCUUCAUCUUCCGACUCCUCUAACUUAACCUCACCCGAGAAGAAACAAGUGAAGAAAAGAUCAACAAAGAAGAAGAAACCUACCAAAGGACUGGCUAGUGUCGCUGAUGAUGUUGGGAGUAUGUUCCUUAAUGUUGCUGUGUCUGAAGCUAAGCUUAGGGUUGGAGCUGAACAUAAAGAGCAAGUCUUUAAUGAGCAGUUCUUUAAGCAUUCCUUCCUUCAUCCUGACUUUUCAAGUGAACCGGAAGAUCUCCAGAAAUUUAUUGAUACUGACAUAAGAGAGAUGUCUCACAAACACACACUGGAAAAAUCCGGUCGUCUCAAUUGGUGGGCUAGUACAGGGAAGCUACCAACAUUAGAGCCAUUAGCAACCUCUGGUGAUGGUAACUGCCUUCUGCACGCUGCCUCACUCUACAUGUGGGGCCUACCAGAUCAGGACCUCAUUUUAAGGACUCAUCUCCACCGAAUGUUAACCGAUAGCAUUCAAAAGGAGGGGAUCCAUAGACGAUGGAAGUAUCUCACAGACUCGCGUAAUCAAGAGGCCGGAGGUCUGACCUUCUCCGACGAAGAGUGGGACUUUGAGUGGCACGAGAUACUGAGGAUCUGUACCAAUCAAACUAGGCGUCGCCCAACGACGGACUCACUGAGACGGUACAGUACCCUCCGCCCACACUACGAGAGUCUUGAAGAGGUUCAUGUAUUUGGUCUUUCGCAUGUUCUAAGACGUCCAAUCAUAAUAGUAGCUGAUGAGUACCUCAGGGAUAUGAAUGGGGAGCCUCUAGCUCCUAUAUACUUUGGUGGUAUCUAUCUCCCUCUGGAGUGGAGUCCUUCCUCUUGUUUCAAGUCCCCGCUGGUACUCGCUUACGAUUCCUCUCAUUUCUCGCCUCUCGUUGCUAAAAAGGAUCUCGAAAUUGCUCAGAAGCAAAAGAAGAACUCUCGUCUCCGUCACAUGCAGUCGAAACAAGACACUGUGAUGCCAUUAGUCGAUCCAAAUGGGUCACUCCUCCCCAUUCUCUUUGCCUAUGAUCCAAAGAAACCCUCAGACUACCCACAGAAAUGGAGCAACACAAAAUGCCCAGCUGGUGAGUUUCCGGAUCGAAUUGUAGCACUACUGGAAAGCUAUAUGGACAUACGGUGGAUCCAGCUACACAUUGGAGCAAAGUUUGGUAGUCAUAAUGAGUACCCUGACAAGGACAGUGUUACGAUCCCAGUCAAAGUACCCAAGGUACGAUUCCCAGCCUCUGUUGUAUCCACUAUUGGGGAACCAGAGUAUCAGGCUGUACUUGUUAGCAAGUAUCUUGAUGACGUUCGCAAGAGAUUUGAAGAAGACAAAAUAAAGCAAGAGAAGAUUGCAGCUAACCGAGCGAGACAAGAAGAAGAGAUGAGGAGGAUAGAGGCCAGCAGACCAGUCCCUUGUGAAGGGAAGGGCUGCACGCUAUACGGUACCCCAGCCACUGAUAACUUAUGCUCUCAGUGUUACUCUUUAUCUAAAAAGAAUGAAAGUCAAGGAGCCUAUGAGAGAAGUGUGUCUGUCCCAGCUGGCCAGUCAUCACAGUCCCUCUCUAAAGAGCCCACUCCUCCUCCACUCACUCAUUCAACAAGACCCCCUGAACUCAUUACCAGACAAAACUUGACCACUAAUGAUAACAACAGUCCUAAACAGUCUUCACCAGCUCAACGCCAUCGCUCUCCUCCUUCUACCCCUCCUCCUCCUCCUCCUCCUCAAAGUGCUUCUUCACAGCCACAGCCAGUCAGUCCUACGGCUCAGUUAUUUAAGCCAGUGCCCAGUUCACCUAAAACUGAUCAUCCUCCUCCUAAUGUCCGACCCAAUGUCUCUUACUCUAGUCCCACGAGGAAAGUCGAGAGUAAGAGUCCCAGCCACUCAUCGCGUGGAGGGUAUUCCAGGGAUCAUAUUAAACCGAUCACAUUAGAUGAGGGAGGAGGGAGUCCUUAUGUUCCAGGGUCUGAUAGGAGCAGGUGUAAGACGAUUGGUUGCGAGUUUUUUGGUAGGCCAGAGACGAAUGGAUUUUGCUCGGGUUGUUAUAAUCCAGGGAAGGAGACAUUAGUGUAAUUAAUAAUGUGCACGUGUUUCUAUUUAUGCACUAUUACACAAGUGUGCAAUCUUAUGUAUGUAUCAUGUAUAAUUUCAAUUAAUUUGUUUAUUUAUCAGGAUAGUUUGUUAUUUCUCAUUAUUUUUAAUUAAUGCUACAGUCACACAUGCUCUUAUCUUCUUGCCAUUAUCAUCUUCUAAGUUCUCACAGCUUAUAUACAAUGUAUGUCUUCCUAUAUUCCUUCUCUUCUAUUUUCUUUCAUCAGGGUAUUUUUGUGAUAGCGGAACAGUUUAUUAAUUUAAA